AGACCGUCACGCGUGGAGAGGUACUGUUCGGGACAUCAUCGAGGCCGGCUAGAUCAGGCAUGAUCGCAGCCGUAUCAAGUACAAGUAAGUACAAGAAGACUGAAGCGGUUGGCAGGCUUUUCGCUUCCAAAGAUAGCGUUCUGUAAGGGGGCAGUUUAUACACACACGUAUGUAAAUCCCUUGGUUGGGAAAAGAUCGCAAAUUGUGAAGCUGAUAAUUUUAAUAAGACGGGAAAUUAGUGCCUUAUCCGGAAAAUCAACGGUUUUUGCUUUUUUCGUCAUACCAUCAAGGUUUUUGUCCAGUUGGUUGUUGCUGGUUUUCGCCACACCAAAGGGAAGGGCGGGAAAUCGCGUCAUGCCACCUCCAGUCUCUAUCCGUCAGGGUGAAAUUAGAUGUCAUCAGCGGUUUGCUAUUUGCGAAAACCUGUCGAAGUGCGAUACUGGAGUUGCCCUCUGACAGUGGAUUUUCGGACUGGCCACUUGGGGGUCGCCUGCUUUAGCGCAACCUAUUGGAGGUUGGGACAAGCGGGUUGUUUGUUUCAAAACCGUCCUGUCGUCCAAUGGUUUUGCCGAUAUGCAAGUUCGUCAUCAAAUGUAUACCUUGAAGUCCUAAAGCGACUGGACCGACGCUGCUUAUGACUUUCACCUUCAUGACCGUCUCCAUUUAAUGCUAGAAUUAGUUGCCGGCCUGACUUGGUAAAUGAUCUUCAUUCCGGUCAAAUUUUGCAAAUUUUUUACUACGAAUAAUCAUGGCCUCCCUGCCGUUGUCGAUGGCGCAAAAUGGACACACGAAAGCAGGAUUCCUAUCAUAUGGAGCUGAUCCAAAAUGCCCACUUGCUAGGUAUUGUCUUUUUAGUGAGCUCUUUUAAGAGGGCCUGUUUUAGGGAUGUAUAUGGGUUAGUCACGAAAAUUUCACUUUCUACAAUUUUUUAAUCCACAGACAUGACGCCGUACUACAAACACGUAUGUAAACAACUCCACCUAAAUAUUGACCAAGCCUUGGUUGAUCAAAUGCAAGCAGCCAAUGUCGAGAAGCUGAAGGAACUCGACGAAAAGAUUAAGAACGCAGAGAAGAAUGAAGGCGAAACCGAAAUCCGUGAAUCAAUGCUUGCAAAAGCGCAUUACUUGAGCAAAAUUGGCAAUAAGGUUUGCGUCACCUUUUGACCAGGACUAGUUAUUUCAAAGGCUGAGGCUCUGGCCCAGUUUCGCCUCCUUCUCGACAAAACUGUCCUCCCCGGC